AUGUCGGCUUCCAAAUCGCGCUGGGCAGAAGACGAUCCAGAAACAGAAGCCAUUGUCGCGCAGCGCAAGCGCGAGAAGGAGGAAAAGCGGCGCGCCAAGGCCGAGAAACAACGUCUGCUCGAGGAAGCCAGCAAAGCUCAAGCUCAAGCUCAAGCUCAAGCUCAAGCUGCCGCCACAACCCCUGCAGAUCCGAAAAGCCCAAGUCAAGAUAUCAAUGGAGAUUCAGGUCCGCCAAAAAAGCGAAGGAGGUUAUCGAAUGACCCCGAUGCGCCGUCCGGUGGAGGGGAGAUCUCGACGAGCGAGGGUUCAAAGAAGCAGUCGAGCUUGUUGAGGUUUCCAGCUGGGGAAUGGGGACCUUGUAGGCAUGUCGACAACUUCGAACGACUGAAUCAUAUCGAAGAAGGGUCUUACGGCUGGGUAUCAAGGGCCAAAGACAUCACCACGGGCGAGAUUGUCGCGCUCAAGAAAUUGAAGAUCGAGAACGCACCUGAUGGGUUUCCUGUUACGGGGUUACGAGAAAUACAAACGCUGUUGGAAGCGCGACAUCAAAAUGUUGUCUAUCUGCGGGAGGUCGUCAUGGGCAACAAAAUGGACGAGUGGCUUACUCGAUCUGGCAGCGUGUACUUGGUCAUGGACUUCCUGGAACAUGACCUCAAAACGCUCCUUGACGAAAUGCGUGAACCUUUCUUACCCUCCGAAAUCAAGACACUACUUCUGCAAGUCGUUGGCGGUCUCGAGUUCCUCCACUCUCAAUGGAUCAUGCACCGUGAUCUCAAAACAUCCAACCUGCUUCUCAACAAUCGCGGGGAGAUCAAGAUUGCUGAUUUCGGUAUGGCACGAUACUAUGGCGACCCACCACCAAAGUUGACACAGCUGGUCGUCACCCUUUGGUACCGGUCACCUGAGCUCCUACUCGGUGUCGACAAGUAUGGCACGGAGAUCGACAUGUGGAGCAUCGGUUGCAUCUUCGGCGAGUUGCUCACCAAAGAACCCUUACUUCAAGGGAAGAACGAGGUCGACCAAGUCUCCAAAAUCUUCGCCUUGACAGGCCCGCCCAAUCAACAGAUCUGGCCUGGCUUCCGCUCCCUACCCAACGCCAAAUCCUUACGUCUGCCAGCCACGCCCGCGACAUCUACGCGGAGCCCGCCCCUACUGCCUCGCUCUCGCUUUCCCUAUCUCACAAACGCAGGCUUGGAUCUGCUGUCCUCGCUGCUGGCACUGAAUCCAGCCGUUCGCCCGACUGCGCAGCAAUGCCUAGCACACCCUUACUUCCGAGAGGAUCCCCGUCCCAAGCCAAAAGAGAUGUUCCCGUCUUUCCCUUCCAAGGCUGGCCUGGAGAAGAGAAGACGUCAUCACACACCCGAAGCACCUAAACAUGGACAGGAUGCUCCAGAGCUGGACUUUGCAGGCGUCUUUGGUGGCGCACCGGGGGGCGACGCCGGCGAAGCAGGUGCCGGUUUCUCCCUUCGCCUGGGAUAA